GCUGAAGAUGUCUGCUAGUCGUAUUUCCUCGUCUGCUUUGGGCGAUAUCAGGCAAAUAGUCGCCAGUAUCAGACAGCAUGUUGCACAGGGAACGACUGAAAAGUUGAUUGAAGAUGAAAACUUUGUUUUUCAAAUGCUUAAAUUGAUGGUGGAAGAUGCAGUGGAUAUUGGAAUAAAAACAGAAUUCCUGAGGGUGCUUGAAGAUUGUGGGGGUGAUGUUCUGGACGCAAAGAGUAUAGAUGAGGUUGCUUCCAAUCUGUUUGGCAUCUUCCGUCAAUAUGAGAGUCGAGAUGACAGCACCAACUUUCUCACACAGCUUCUCAUCACUGUGACAACGUUAUUAGUCAGCAGUGAGAAUAUUCCAACUGAUCCAGCUGCAUCACUGAUAGAAAUCCUGUGGAGUAUAGCUGCCAGAGUGAAUGAUGUCGGCAACAGGAGACUGAGGGCUGUGGCAUGUCAGUGUAUGGUUCAGCUGGAGCUGACCUCACCGGGUGUGAUGUGGCGGUGGCGAGAUCGACUUGUUCAGGCAGUGAAGCAGGACCGGUCCGAUGUGUGUCAGGACUAUGUGACACUCCUAACAACUGUGCUCUACCAUGUGGCAGGUGAUAUUGGUGUACCUGAAAGUCCUAUUACCCCAGAUACUAGUCAGAGGGCCAGCAUGGAGAGGAUGGUGUCUGUUUCAGGUGGCCCUGGUGACACGCUGUCAGCUGUCUCCUUCAUCAUGGACCACAGCACCAUCUUCACCCCGGCAGGGCUGUGGGACAUCCUUGCCUCACUGUCUGGCAUUGUACAGCACUCUCCCGGCAUCUCACCAACAAUUUUUAAACCUCUAAUGCUUCACCAUAUGGCCACUCAGGACCCUUGCCUUAUGCACAUUGUUCUCUAUCUACAGAGAGAGUACUCAGGGGAGAUCCUGACAUCAUCUGAGGAGAAAUUACUGAUGACAAGGCUAGUGACAGCUGUCAAUCAAAAAUCCAUAAGCCCUGCCCACAGGCUCAUAUUUCUUCAGUGGUUGAAAGGAUACUGCCUGCUGGAGGAUGAGGAAGACAGCACUGUUAUGGGUCACGUGAGAGAAAAGCUGUCGUGGAGGCUGCUACCGUCAGUAUUUGACUCAGUCGACCUCCAUGUUGGGAAGGUGACCGCCCUGAACAUCUGCACCCAACUUCAGGCAGACACAGGUUCCGAGGAGCUGUCCCUCCUGCUGUCUAGCCUCACUUACUUAAAGAAGUUGACUGUUUGUACUGGUGAACACAAGGUGGCUGUCUCACUAUACCGCUGUCUCUACAACAUCCAGGCCAAACACUGCUCACAGGAUAUAGCCACAAACAUUAUCAAAAUCUGCCAGACAGUACUGAGCAGCUACCCGAGGCUGAUCCCCCUGGUGCUUAACUUCCUGCAGUGUGUGCGAGACCAGGCUGCAGACACUGUGGUGUACUUGAAUAUCCUGUCCUCCCUACACAAGCAAGUACUGUCAUCGCCUGCCGAAGAUGUUCUCAGACAGUUUCAGUUCUACCUCCUUGUCCUGAAGACAUCAGCUAAAGAGGCAGAUAUCAGCCCACUUCCUACAAUGACGUACCUCCUGUCUGUGGCGGAGCGGGCUGUUAGUUUGGACCAGUGCAGCUGGCACCUUGGCAAUGCUAUACUGGCUGUUGUUAGAAGUGUACUGCUGAACCAUCCCACAGAAGGAAUCUUCACGGAACUUGGCGACCUGCUCCAUGAAACCAUGCGACACUUCUUGGACAUUGACGUUCAGGACAAGGCCAGAUUCUACUAUGCUCUCCUCACUGGGGCUGCUGACAAGAAGAUCCGGGAUGUAUUGAGUGAUGCCAUGCAGGGCGGCCGUGUGACAGAACAGACCUUCUCUUCACUGCUGCCUGGGUCAAUGAACACACCCAUGAGGACAGAACUACACCAGGUGAAACAGCCAAUAUUCCAGUGGGAGAGGUUAGGCCUACUGCCUGAAUUCAAAAGUGAAACCAGUUUCACCUUCAGCAGUGAUGUGUCAAGUUACUACCAGUGGUUAGAUACCCUGACUGUCUCACUGCAGAUCACACACAGUCUACAAGUGCUACAGAUGAGCCAGUUUGACACACUACACGCUUUGUCCAUCAAGGUAGAUACCAGCAACGUCUACAGACAACACAAAGAUAUUCAUGUGGCCUUCAUGAACAGACAUGACACAAAACAGCUCAGUGUAGAACUACAACCAACCUUACCAGACCCUGCUAGCUUUGACACAAGUGCUAUGUUUGCCUCGUACAAGAAUGACACGUACUACUGUAGACUGCCCACCACAGACAUCAGCUUCGAGGACUUGCUCCUGCCCUACCCUUGGACACAUGUUGGACUCGAGGAACAGAACAAGUCAUUAUUCUUCUCCAGUCUCUGGGAUCACAUUACUGGCUGUUCAGAUCCUCGGGAAGGCCUGCAGUCAGUGAAGAUAGUGUCAUGUCCUCUGAAGAAAUUACAACAGGAAUGGGACAGGUUCCGCCUUGGACCUGAUAAAACAUCGUAUCUCAUCUUUCUACCUGCCAGAUAUCAUCUGCUGUUCAAGGUUCAUGAGAGACAAGAUAACUUAGUGGUUUCCAUAGCAACUGAUUACUGGAAAAUACUCCCUCAUGUUAAUGAAUACCUGGCCCAGCUUGAUUCAUAGAGUACCUAUGGUCAAAUUAAGUUGUGAGAACAUUGUAACUUGAAGCUACAAGUUUACCUAACAUAUGCAAAAUGAUCUUCCUUUUGAGUUAACCAAGACAUGGUUUAAGGAGGCCAUAUACAUGUAUUGCCACCACUGGAUUUAGGUUAAGAAAUUUAACAAAAACUGAUUUUCAGACAUUGAAUUUCAACUUUAACAAAUUAUUUCCCUUUAGUUUCUGAAUGUCACAUUUGGGUGUUCUCUCAUUUUGUUUAGAACAAAGAAAAUUUAAUAUUUUUUUGUCGUAGGGCAUUGGUUAAGGCAUUCACUUGUCACACCAAAAAUUCAGGUUCAAUUCCACACUUGGGUAAUGCGUGAAGCCCCUUUCUGGUAUACACCAGCCCUCAUAUGGCUGGAAUGUUGCUAUAAUAGGCGAAAGCCUACACACUCACCUACUCUGUCCAAACCCAGAUGUAAGGACACAACUGAAGUGGGUAAAGGAUUAUUGAUUUGAUCAUGUGAAAAUUGAAUCAGCAGUUUCUUAAACAUAUUGCUGUAGAUUGAUUGUGUUUCUUUAUUGUAAUAGCAUUAUGAUAAUAUGAAUAUUUUUUCCUGAGGUAUAAAAUGUGACAUGUGCAAUUUAAUCAAAGGUGCUGUGAUAUGUAAAGAAUGUAACAUGUAUGAAGGUUGAACUGAUGUAUUGAUCUUCUUGAAGGCAUUCCAAGAUAUAAAUAAUAUUUUCUA